AAUGUGUGUUCUGUCAGUAGCUAAGAACACAGAUCUGGGUGCUGAUCAAGAAUUUGAAGUAAGGCCUGAGAAAUUACAGAACUGAGGCAUAUAAUAAAUGCACUUGGAUGCUGAUAAGCACUGCAGAACUAGAGAAAAUCCUCAAAGGCUUUCCCUCAUCAGGCUGACGAUGGCUCGCUUCACACAUACCACUCAAGACUUCUGUGCAGUAUAAAAUAGAAGAUCAAAAGCAGGGUUGAAUCUUUUCUGAAAAAGUUUGGUAAGGCCAGGCAUUUGAACACUGAGUCACAUGCACCAGAACCAGGCACAUGGAGGACAGCUGACUCCACAGAACCAGGGACUUGGGUUUUGCAAUGGAACGAAUAUGGUUGCUGUUGCUUCUAGCAAUUGGAGUGCUUCUGGGGUCUGCUCAGUUUAAUGGCUACAACUGUGAUGCCAACCUCCACAGUAGAUUUCCUGCUGAAAGAGACAUCAAUGUCUACUGUGGGGUGCAAACCAUUACAAUGAAGAUUAAUUUUUGCACUGUACUUUUCUCGGGUUAUUCUGAAACUGAUCUGGCCCUGAAUGGAAGGCAUGGGGACUCCCACUGUAGGGGGUUCAUCAAUAACAACACCUUUCCUGCAGUCGUCAUUUUCAUCAUCAAUCUUAGCACCUUGGAGGGCUGUGGAAACAACUUAGUGGUAUCCACAAUUCCAGGAGUCAGUGCUUAUGGAAAUGCAACUUCAGUACAAAUAGGAAAUAUUUCGGGAUACAUUGAUACUCCAGACCCACCAACAAUCAUCAGCUAUCUACCUGGGCUUCUCUACAAAUUUAGCUGUAGUUACCCACUGGAGUACCUGGUUAAUAAUACCCAGCUUGCCUCGUCCUCAGCUGCUAUUUCUGUGAGAGAGAACAAUGGUACAUUUGUCAGCACUUUGAACCUGCUCCUUUAUAAUGAUUCAACCUACAGCCAGCAGUUAAUUAUCCCAAGUAUAGGAUUACCUUUGAAAACCAAAGUAUUUGCAGCUGUACAAGCCACUAAUCUGGAUGGCAGAUGGAAUGUCUUAAUGGAUUAUUGCUACACAACACCAUCAGGGAACCCAAAUGAUGAUAUUCGAUAUGAUCUCUUCCUUAGCUGUGACAAAGAUCCUCAGACCACCGUCAUUGAAAAUGGCAGAAGCCAGCAGGGCCGGUUUUCCUUUGAAGUGUUCCGAUUUGUGAAACACAAGAAUCAGAAAAUGUCUACCGUCUUUCUGCACUGUGUUACCAAGCUCUGCAGAGCUGAUGACUGCCCCUUCCUUAUGCCUAUUUGCGGCCACAGAGAAAGAAGAGAUGCGGGGAGGAGGACCACUUGGAGCCCCCAGAGCACGUCUGGAAACGCCGUCCUCUCUGCUGGUCCCAUCAUUACUCGGAGUGAUGAGACUCCAACCAACAAUUCGCAGCUUGGUUCUCCAAGUGGCCCUCCUUUCCAGCUGAACGCCGUUACCAGUGCACUGAUAUCAGGAAUGGUCAUUCUGGGAGUCAUGAGCUUUUCCCUUCUCUUGUGCUCACUGGCCCUUCUACACAGGAAGGCACCCACUAAUUUAGUGUUGAAUGGCAUAAGAAACCCAGUCUUUGACUGACUGUAACAGGUCCCUCCUUUUGGGAAAAGGAUUCACUGACCAUACCAUGGGUGACUUGUCAGUGUUUCAUCCAAAUUGAAUGCCAGCCAGCAUUUGGUAUUUAUAGGUAUGAUAGAUUUCAUAGUGUAGCUCAUUAGCAUGAUGAUAGUGAAAGAAUUUUGAUGCUGUUGUUCUUGUCAUUUAUGUAUGUGGUCAGCCCUAUUUGUAUGGCACCAAUGGGUAUAAUGACAAUAAGCAAACAAUAUUCAGGACUUAGAUCUUAAGGAUCAGUCACAUUUCAUUUUAUUUCAGUUUUCUUUUGAUUAUUGGUUGUUACAGAGAUAAAAGGUGGGUGUAGAAAAAAAUACAUUUGUUGCAUUUUUCCCCCCUGGUAAGUGUUAAAACCCGAUGUAAUAGCAUUUAGAGUUGUAUAUGUGGUCCUAAAAUGAAAGUCAUUCUUUUAUUUUAUUCCAGAUAAUUCCAGCUUGGGGAUAUGUUUUAAUUGGACUGGCCAAUUUGGACACUUGAGAUUUAAUUACUUAUUCUAUGACCUGUGUUUUGGCUGAUUUCCAUGUCUGAUGACAUUCAUUAAAA